AUGCUUACUUCAAAGACAUUUUUCAAAAAAACAAAGAAAGGAGGUGUGACUAAGAUCAACCGAGAACAUUAUCUUCGGGAUGAUAUCGCUUGUGGUUCUGUUUUAUGCGACAAAUGUGGUCGUCUCGGAGGCAAACCUGUCCUUCAGAAGUCUACUUCUGUUCUAAACCUAGACGAUCAAAACUUAAACAUUCAUCAUUAUUUGAUUCCUGAUACAAAUGUUGUUAUGCAUCAACUGGAUAUCCUUGAAGAUGCCUUCAUCACAAAUGUUAUCAUUCUUCAAACUGUUAUUGAAGAGGUAAAAAACCAUAAUAUUGCUGCAUAUAAACGACUUCAAGAAAUGAUUUGUAAUCCUGCAAAGUCCUUCUAUGUUUUCAGCAAUGAAUUCCAUCAAGCCACCUAUAUUGAACGGAAGCCUGCUGAAUCUUCUAAUGAUCGAAAUGACAGAGCCAUCCGACAAGCUACUAAGUGGUAUCAAGAUCACUUAGACAAUGCUGGCAAUACCAAGGACAAGAUAAAAAUGGUAUUAUUGUCUGAUGACAAAGAGAACAGAACUCAAGCUGAAGAAGAUGGCCUCUUAGCAUAUACUGUAAAGUAUUAUGUGCGGAACUUGCAAGAUGCAACACAUUUACUUGAUAAAUUAGCAGCAUAUGAAGACCAUGAAAAGUCAGUUGGUAAGAAUCUGUUUCCAGAGCAUCUAUCCUUUUCUGAAAUUAAUAAAGGAGUGAAAUUUGGAAAAUACAUGCAAGGAAAAUUCCAGGCAAGCCGAGAAAAUUAUUUAGAAGGACGAGUGAGCGUUGUUGGUGGUGAUGAAAUGGUGCUGAUUGUUGGUCGUGAGAAUCUUAACCGAGCUGUUCAAGAUGAUACAGUUGCAAUUGAGAUGCUACCAGAGGAUGAAUGGACUUGCCCUACAUCUUUGAUAAUGGAGAACACUGACGAUGUUGAAAAAGAGGAUGAAGUUGAGGUGAGUCUCAUGGUGUCAUCUAGGCACGUGUUGGAUUAUCGGAAAAAUCUUCUGGAAUGCAGUUUUGUUUUUGUUUUUCUCUCUCUCUCUCUCUAUCGCUUUCUCUUUUUUCUCUCUCUCUAUCGCUUUCUCUUUUUUCUCUCUCUCUAUCGCUUUCUCUUUUUUCUCUCUAUCACUUUCUCUUUUUUCUCUCUCUCUAUCACUUUCUCUUUUUUCUCUCUCUCUAUCACUUUCUCUUUUUUCUCUCUCUCUAUCACUUUCUCUUUUUUCUCUCUCUCUAUCACUUUCUCUUUUUCUCUCUCUCUAUCACUUUCUCAUUUUUCUCUCUCUCUAUCACUUUCUCAUUUUCUCUCUCUUUCUCAUCUCUUUCUAUCUCUCAUUUUCUCUCUCUCUAUCACUUUCUCAUUUUUCUCUCUCUCUAUCACUUUCUCAUUUUUCUCUCUCUCUAUCACUUUCUCAUUUUUCUCUCUCUCUAUCACUUUCUCAUUUCUCUCUCUCUAUCACUUUCUCUCUCUCUCUCUCUUUUCUCUCUCUCUCUAUCCUUUCUCUCUCUCUCUAUCUUUCUCUCUCUCUCUCUAUUUUUCUCUCUCUCUCUCUUCUUUCUCUCUCUCUCUCUCUCCUAUAGCUUUUCUUUCUCUCUAUCCGCUUUCUCUUUUCUCUCUCCUUUCUCUUUUUUCUCUCUCGCUUUCUCUUUUUCUCUCUUUCUCUUUUCUCUCUCUUUCUCUUUUUCUCUCUCUCGCUUUCUCUCUCUCUCUUUCUCUCUCUCUACUCUCUCUCUCUCUCUCUCUCUCUCUCUCUAUCGCUUUCUCUUUCUCUCUCUAUCGCUUUCUCUCUCUCUAUCGCUUUCUCUCUCUCUCUCUCUCUCUCUCUCUCUCUCUCUCUCUCUCUCUCUCUCUCUCUCUCUCUCUCUCUCUCCUUUCUCUCUCUCUCUCUCUCUCUCUAUCGCUUUCUCUCUCUCUCUCUCUAUCGCUUUCUCUCUCUCUCUCUCUCUCUCUCUCUUUCUCUCUUUCUCUCUUUCUCUCUCUCUCUCUCUCUCUUUUCUCUUUUCUCUCUCUCUCUCUAUCGCUUUCUCUCUCUCUCUCUCUCUCUCUCUUUCUCUCUCUCUCUCUCUCUUCUUUUUUUUCUUUUCUCUCUCUUUUUUUUUUUUUCUCUCUCUUUUCUUUUUUUUUUCUCUCUCUCUUUUUUUUUCUCUUUUCUUUUUUCUCUCUUUUUUUCUUUUUUUUUUCUCUCACUUUUUUUUUUUCUCUCUUUUUUUUUUUCUCUUGGGCAUUGGACAUGUCGAAAGCCUUUGACAGGGAAGAGAUCAAAAAGAAAGCCAUUCCCAAAGAGAAACGUCAACCAACUGGUCGUGUGGUGGGUAUUAUACGACCCAACCGGAGAAAUUACUGCGGUAUCUUGAAACUCUCAGACAGAAAAGAGAGUAGAAAUCAUCUUUUUAUUCCUGCUAACAAACAAAUUCCAAAAAUCUACAUCAGAACUGAGCAAGGCAAAGAACUGGCCGGUCAGCGUAUCAUUGUAGCAAUUGACAAGUGGCCAAUUCAUUCUCGUUAUCCAUUGGGUCAUUUUGUGAAGAAGCUUGGUCCAAUUGGAAACAAAGAUACUGAAAAUGAAGUCCUUCUUUUAGAGCACGAUGUUCCUCACACAGAUUUCUCUCAAAGAGUGUUGGAUUGUUUGCCUAAAUUGCCUUGGAUUAUAAAUGAAGAGGAUUUGAAGCGCCGUGAAGACAUUCGCCAUCUGAACAUUUGCAGUGUGGAUCCUCCUGGCUGUACUGAUAUUGAUGAUGCACUCCAUUGCCGAAUGUUAGAAAAUGGCAAUUAUGAGGUUGGUGUUCACAUUGCUGAUGUGUCCCAUUUCAUCCGACCAGGAACUGCCUUGGAUGAUGAAGCCAAACACAGAGCAACAACUGUUUACCUGACAGACCAACGUAUUGAUAUGGUUCCAGAAUUGCUGAGUUCCAAUUUAUGUUCUUUACGAGAUGAUGGUGAUCGGUUUGCAUUCUCAGUAAUUUGGGAAAUGGACAAUGAUGCCAAGAUAUUGACUACUAAAUUUCAUAAAUCUGUCAUUCGAUCAAAAGCUUCAUUAACCUAUCAAGAAGCCCAGAAUCGAAUUGACAGUUCUUCACAAGAUGAACUUACGCAGAGUUUGCGAGGACUCAACAAAUUGGCCAAAAUUUUAAAGAAGAAUCGUAUUGAGAAUGGGUCAUUAUUUUUACCCUCAAAAUUGAUCUUUUCUUCUCUCUCCUCCUCCUCCUCCUCGCUGUUCUUCUCUCUCCUCCUCCUCCUCCUCUGUUCUCUCUCCUCCUCCUCCUCCUCCUCCCUCCUUGUUCUGUCUCCUCCUCCUCCUCCUCGCUGUUCUUCUCUCUCCUCCUCCUCCUCCUCGCUGUUCUUCUCUCUCCUCCUCGCUGUUCUUCUCUCUCCUCCUCCCUCGCUGUUCUUCUCUCUCUCCUCCUCCUCGCUGUUCUUCUCUCUCCUCCUCCUCGCUGUUCUUCUCUCUCCUCCUCCUCGCUGUUCUUCUCUCUCCUCCUCCUCGCUGUUCUUCUCUCUCCUCCUCCUCGCUGUUCUUCUCUCUCCUCCUCCUCGCUGUUCUUCUCUCUCCUCCUCCUCUCCGUUCUUCUCUCUCCUCCUCCUCCUCCUGUUCUUCUCUCUCCUCCUCCUGUUCUGUUCUUCUCUCCCCUCCUCCUCCUGCUGUUCUUCUCUCUCCCACCCUUUCUCUCUCCCCUCCUCCCCCUUUCUCUCUCUCUCUCCCUCCUCCUCGCUGUUCUUCUCUCUCUCUCUCUCCUCAUCUCCCCUUUCUCUCUCUCUCCUCCACCUCGAUGAAAACAAUGAGAUUCGGUUCCAUAUUGACAGUGCAACUCAUGAACCUAUUGAUGUCCAAGCCAAAGAAAUUCGAGACACCAAUUCUAUGGUGGAAGAAUUCAUGUUGCUAGGAAACGUUUCUGCUGCUAAGAAAAUCUUUGAAUCUUUCCCCAACUGUGCUGUUCUCCGACGGCACCCUGCCCCACCAGCAUCAAAUUUCAAACCAUUGAUUCAAGCAGCAGCCUCCAGGGGUGUGACGAUGGACUGCACAACAAGCAAAGCUCUUGCUGAAAGUUUAGACAAUGCUGACUUUGGUUGCAAUGACAAUGCCAACACAAUGUUACGAAUGAUGACCACACGCUGUAUGAUGCAAGCUGUUUAUUUCAGUAGUGGCACUCUCCAAGAACAGGAAUUUUUCCAUUAUGGUCUAGCUGCCCCUAUCUACACACACUUCACAUCUCCAAUCCGAAGAUAUCCUGAUAUUCUAGUCCAUCGUCUGCUCGCUCUGGCUAUUGGAGCCGAUUCAUCAUAUCCGGAUUUGUUGGAAAACCAAAAAAUGCAGAAUACCUGCAACCAUUGUAACUAUCGUCAUAAAAUGGCUCAGGAUGCUUCUCGCUCAUCUGUAAAUCUACAUACCCAUAUUUUCUUUAAAGACAAAAAAUGCGAUGAAGAUGGUUAUAUUCUUUUUGUUCGGAAGAACGCAAUCCAAGUGCUCAUUCCUAAAUAUGGCUUGGAAGGAACAAUCUAUGUCACCAAAAGCAGCAAAGAAAAAAGCUCUAUUUUCACAUUUGAUGAAGAGAAAUAUCACAUGAUUGCUGGGGAUAUAGUUCUAAAAGUGUUUGAUCAUGUAACCGUGCAAGUCUACAUUGAUAGAUCCAAUGUACAACACAUGAAGCUCCACCUGGAUCUUGUGGAACCCAAGAUCCCUGGCUUUAGCGUUCCGCCUGUGUCAGAAAAUGUGGACCAAAGUGCUGAUAAUAAUGAUGAACCAGCAACAAAGAAACGCAAGACAUAUUUGCCAAUAUUCAAUUUGAGUUUUCUGCCCCUUUUGAGGGGGUCCUUUUCUCUCCUCUCCUCUCUCCUCUCCUCUCUUCUCUCUCCUCUUCUCUCUCCUCUCCUCUCUUCUCUCCUCCUCUUCUCUUUCCUCUCUCCUCCUCUUCUCUUUCCUCUCUCCUCCUCUUCUCUUUCCUCUCUCCUCCUCUUCUCUUUCCUCUCUCCUCCUCUUCUCUUUCCUCUCUCCUCUUCUCUUUCCUCUCCUCUUCUCUUUCCUCUCCUCUUCUCUUUCCUCUCCUCUUCUCUUUCCUCUCUCCUUCUCUUUCCUCUCUCCUUCUCUUUCCUCUCUCCUCCUCCUCUUCCUCUCUCCUCCUCCUCUUCCUCUCUCUCCUUUCUCUUCCUCUCUCUUCUUUCUCUUCUCCCUUUUUUUUUUUUUUUAUUUUUUUUCCUUUUAGAGAAAACUGCAUCAUAA